AUGUUUGUAUCAGAAAAAAAUAGUACAGAAAACAUUUACUCUGAAAGUGAUAAGCCAAAAAAAGUUAAAGACAACAAUUUACUACAAAAACCAUUAGAUUUUGAGGGAUUUUUUUUAAAUCGAAAUGCAAAACAAAUUCUUGAAGAGAUUAAUAAAAAGUCCAAAUAUCAAAAAAGAAGAUCAGAAAUUGAAUCAACAAUAGUUAGUAAUACAGAAUAUUCAGAGACAGAUAAUUUAUCUCAACAAUAUAAUUUUAUAAAUCACAAUAGAAAUAAAUUUAUAAACGAGAAUAUUUAUGAGAUAAAAAAAAAUGAACCUCAAACAGAUUUUGAAUCUGAUACUUUAUCUAAUGUAUUUCAUAAUUCUAUACCUAGUAAUGAGGUAAAUGAACAUAAUGUUGAAGUUACAAGAGAUUAUAAAUUAAAUAAUCAAGAAGAAAUAAGGCAUGAAGAUAUAAAUUAUAAUAAUAUAUACAGUAAUAUUGAAAAAGUGGAAAAUACUUUAGAAAUUAAUGAAGAUGAUCAAGGUUAUUAUGUAGAUAAUUUAGUAAAAAAUGAAGAUGAAAUUUUACCUAAAAAAGUUAAUAUUUUUAAAAAAGUAGAUGUAAAAAUGUGUGUAUGGAUUUUUUUGUCUUAUGCUUUUCUUGAUACAUUCAUUGCUGUAUACAAUGCAUGUACCCCAUUACAAAUGGCAUUUAUAGUAAUGUUAAUGGGUUCAUUACUAUUUUUCAAAUAUACUUAA